AUGGACCCAGUAUCCGGGAUUGGGCUUGCUUCUGCAAUUAUUCAGAUUCUAGGCGCGCUUACUUCGACUAUUCAUGACCUCCAUGAACUACAUGGGAAGUUCAGCGAUGCUGACUUUACAAUCCAUUCGCUUCUCCAGGAGUUGGCCUGUAUCGAGACAGCAAUCACGGGUCUGAAGGAAUGGGAACGGCUCAGUUCUCCCAAUACGAUGUCAUCGGGGGAAUUCAAGAAACAGCUCUUUACAGCCAUUAAUGGCUGCCUAAUCAUCAUGGAAGUUCUGUCUCAGGAUGCGAGGACUUUGGUUCACGGCACCCGCAAUGGCAGCACCCUUGGAUUUAGAUCGCGCAUUAGAGUCAUUUGGAACGAAGAUAUCAUGAAAGGAUACCAGGAGAAACUACACGCGCAAGUGAUGGCGUUGCAGCUAUUACUCCAAGUCUGCCAGUGUCAUACAUCACAAGAGCAGCUCCGCUUGUUGAGACAGGCAACGACUCAUCGCAUCAUGCGCAGGGUUCGCGACGAUACCGAAACACUGAUAUCCGCACGGAGUCAGACGAUGUCUAGCGCGGCAAGCAUGUCGCAGAACAGCAGUUUCACAGCCAGUGACCGAGUUUACGAUUUCAACGAUGCUCUAGCAGAUUUGUCGGUACAUCGCAGUUUACCCCAGGACCUCGUACCAUCAACUGGAGCCUUUAGUAGCCAGACCGGCAUCGGCAAUGGCCAAAGCUCAUUCACAGACGACGGCUAUACAGACAACCCUACACGCAAUAACAGCGUUAAGAUGCCGUCACUUGAUGCUGCUCCACACCCCCAGAAUCAGCUUCUCUUGCCCACAGGUCCAUCAGCGCCAGCACAUCCAGCUCACAGGAGAGCAAAAUCUUACCAAGAUGCGCCGCGUCCAGGCUUGCAGAAUAUGUACCGGAGCAAGUCAGAUACCAAGACAUCGCAGACACUUGAGAGAUCUUCUUCUAAGCUUGAAAGGAUAUCCUCUUUCCUUCGCUUGAAUACCUCUAGUCGUCUAAAUAUUGCCUCUUCGUCUUCCAAGCCCUCACCCAAAUUAGGCAAUGGCACACCUUUCACAAGGGUGAAGCCUAGACGAGAGCAAAAUCCCCAUAUCAGCAUUGAUCUGACCGGCGUGGAUGCUGCCUCUAUUCCACAGAUUGUGAAGGCUGCCCAAGCCGGUUCCGAAGGUGAGGUAGCAAAACUCAUCGAAUUUGGCGUUAAAAUUGAAGAGCGCCAUAAAAAGUCAGGUCGAAAUGCAAUGCUUGUUGCUGCGCACUGCGGAAAAGAUGAUGUUGUUGAGCUUUUGAUUCGGCAUCAUGCUCGACUAGAUGUGACCGAUGGGUCUGGCUGGACCGCACUACAUCUCGCAGCUUCGCGUGGGCAUUGCGGUGUCAUAAGCUUACUCAUGGAGGAGAGCGACAUAGCCGAGGUUCCAAAUCAUCAAGGUCGUACAGCACUGCGAAUUGCUGUUGACCGAAGCCAACACGAUGCCCUAAAAAUGCUGCUUAUGUAUAAUGCAAAGGUCAACGCUCGUGCUGAGAAUCAAAUGACUACUUUACACACUGCGGCAAAGCGAGGUGAUGCGGAAAUUGUGUACAUGCUCGUGUCAAACGGCGCUGAUAUCGAGGCCAAGGACGCUAGCAUGAUGUCGGCAUUGCACUAUGCAUGUGAAGCAGGCCAUGUCGAAGCUAUUGCAGUGCUUCUGGCUCACAAAGCUAAUAUAGAAGCUGCCGGUCGUGAUCGCAAGACACCAUUGAUAUGUGCUGCCGAAGCAGGCCGGUCCCAGGCUGUCGAAUUCCUAUUGAAAUCCAAACAAAAGGCUUCGUCAAGUGGCACGGAUGACAACGGGAUGACUGCCCUGCAUUGGGCUGCCUACAAUGGCCAUGAAGAGACAGUGGAAAUCCUGAGUCAGAAGAAAGGAUCUCUGACUAGGAUUAAUGCAAUGGGACAGACGGCUUUGCAUUUGUCCGUUAUUCAGACCCAAUUUGCUGUCGUUGAGUCAUUACUACGCAAGGGUGGCGGCGUCAACAGCCAAUGUGCAAUAGGUCUUACUCCGCUUCAUUAUGCCUGUAUGGCAGACAGUAUCGAGAUAGCAACGCUGUUACUUUUAGAGGGCGCUGAUAUUGAAGCAUUGGAAUAUCAACAUCAGCAAAGACCUUUGCAUAUCGCAGCAGCGCGGAGCUCAAUACGCCUUCUGGCACUUCUUUGUGAUAAAGGAGCUUCUUUAGAUGCCCGGGACAGCGUUGGAGAUCGGCCGCUUAGUGUAGCAUGUCGCCAUGGACAUGUGGCUGCAGUACAAACGCUUUUAGAUCGAGGAUCCCCUCUCUACCAGAAGAACCAAGCUACGUCACGCAGUGACUCUCCUCUAUGCCUGGCUGCCAUGGCAGGCCAUUUAAAUGUGGUCUCGCUGCUACUAGAGCGCGGCGCAUCGGCAUCCAAAAAGGACGAGGGCGGCUGGCAGCCAUUUCGCUAUGCGGCAUAUCAUGGCCAUCUGGAUGUACUUCAGGCGCUCUUGGCUCGCACAAUUAUACCCGACAUAGAUGUCCCAGAUAUCGUUCGCAUGCCGGAGACAAUUGGGUUCUCGCCAGAUCCCAUUGUCUCUGAGGAAUGCAAGGCGCGGGUGAGAGAACUUCUCAACCAGGCUUUGCCUGGCUCUAGGCUGAUGCAUCCAAGUCAUACUUCAAGUAUGCCCCAGAAUGUGGAUCAGGGGCAUUGUCCCACUCAACAUUUCGAGUCUCGCGAUUCACGAGACCGCGAAAGCUUUUUGCCUCAAGAGCUACCUGCAACCUUAGAGCAGGGUCUGCCUAGCAGCCGUUCAACAACUCCUGAGCGUAGCUAUCGGUCUGAGCCUCCACAGUCCAUCGAUUCCGUUUGGCAUAUUCGUAGGCGACCCGAUAAGAAAAUGUCACCGCCAGCAAAUGUGGAAAAUUCAUCCGUUAGCAAUGAUUCCCGUGGGGUAUCUCCUAUACGUCAACUUGAACAAGAUCCUGCUAGGAGGAUUUUUAGUCGGCCUCCACCUAGAGAAAAGCCACUAGUGUCGGCGACCUUCACUCCUUAUCAGAUCCCAGUCUUUCUUUCUCAAAUUACCCAGAGAUCUUCGGGGAUACUGUCUCGCUCCUCGAGGUCUAGAGGCUCUGCCGCCGAUACACCAGUGCAGUCACAUGAUCCCAAUCAAGAGAGUCGCACUCCUAGAACAAUUCCUCCUCAGCACGCAAGUGAGCUUCCGACUUGGAGGUCCGAAGAGCCAUCUGAACGUGCUCGGGAUAUCGUUGGUGAUCCCUCAGAUUCGGAUUCGGACUCGACAUCUUCAGUAUACACGGCACCAGAAGCAAAUACGGACGCUUAUGUUGUCUCGAGUAUGAAUCACCAGAACUGGCCGUUUAAAUGA